CCUAAUUUGGCACGAAGUUUAGCGCGAGUGACAGUUCUGGCCCCAUUUUUUAAAUAAGACAUUUACAGCCUACUUUUGAAAUUAUUCGACAGAUUUGGCCCAAAACUUGUGUUGACCGUUAAUAUUAACGGUCAAACACUUAUUCCGUUAGUAAUUCAGAAAAAAACUGCUGAUGUGGUUAUACAUGUGCCACAUCAUCAAAUAAGACAUUUUUUAUUUUGUAAUUUAAUUAAAAUAAGACUAACAAAUUAAAGAAAUAAAAAAGAUUUAAGGAUGGAUUUAUCGCAGCUCCAUUUCCUCCAUGUUUUAGCCUAAAUCCACGCAUCACCAAUCUCCAUUCUUCACCUCCAUUCCAAUCCCUCCGCUACCAGCAACCGGUGGCCAAAAUGUGCACCGCCCAGAACAAGAUUGGAGCUCCUUUUGCUUUUACCCUUCGCUGUAUGAGAUCUGUUGGGUUAAACUUUUUUUGCAGGAUCCAGAUCUGGUGGUGACACACGAUUCCCCGGACGAGCUUUCUUCUCGAGAUUCCCUCUCUUCAACGAAUCGACGUGGUCUCCGAACAAGUUCGUGACAGCGAUUGCAUCUGAUCCGCCAUGGCCAGUACUGAUUCUCUCUGUUUGCUUCGCCGGUGGACAGGAAGAAGGGUGGUUCAGAGUCUCUCCGUUCUUAGUCUAACCGGUGGAUUAGAGCCCCGAUUCUGCAAUGGCGGCGGCGGAUGCUUCGGACUUUGGAGUCUCUUCGUUUCCGAAGAUGGGGUGGUUCAGCCUCUGAUUGCUUACGACACAGUAGAGGAAGAAGGGGAUGAACCAGUGGGAAGGAGGCGGCGGGAUGAAGAAAUGAGGGUCGGAGGAUUGGGGUUUGGGGAUUUUGGGAUUUUUUAUUAUUAAUUUAAUUACAAAAUUAAAAAAUAUUACUGUUUAAUGACGUGGCAAGCCACAUCAACCAUUUUUUUUGCUGAAUCACUAACGGAAUAAGUGUUUGACCGUUAAUAUUAACGGUCAACACAAGUUUCAGGCCAAAUCUGUCCAAUAAUUUCAAAAGUAGGCCGUAAAUGUCUUAUUUAAAAAAUGGGGCCAGAACUGUCACUCACGCUAAGUUUCGGGCCAAAUUAGGGUAUUAACCCUAAAAUAAAAGAGUUGAAUGGACCUGACCUACACGGGAUUUGCCCAUCAAGUAAAACAAAUGAACAUCAUGGGUUUGCCAUUCUAAAACAAACUAUUUUCUCUAGCAUACUAUAUAUUAUGCUAUUAGUUUAUAUCUUAGUGGCUAAAAUAUAAUGUAUUUUAAAGUUAUUCAAUGGUGCAACCUCGACCAACCCAAUUAGUCCAAUUUUUAUAAUUUCAAAUAUAUAUUAUGUAAUUAUUUGAUAUCAUAAUGAUUAAAUUAUAAUGUAUAUUAUAGAGAAUCGUUUGGUAUUUGUUAGUAAAAAAACUAAACAGAAAGAUCUAUUUGGUUAUUUUUAACAUUAUAACGAUCCUAAACAUUUUCAGUUUCCUUUCGAAAUUCUAUAGUUUUAUUCCCGAAUCAGUGAUGUGCAAAUGGCGAGCUCCAGUCAUCUCUUUUCUUUCAUUAUUUUUUAUUUUCAAAUAGAAAGUUUAAAAGUAAAGAAGAAUUAGAGUUUGGCAUGGGUCGGUCAAACAUGCUGAAUUUCAAGUUUUGACCCGUUUUGAUCAAGUCUAAUUCAUAAUCACAUGGUUCCCUGAUACCCAAUAAAAAUCUCAAUCCAAACCAGUUUGGCAGGUGAGUCCGUGUUUACCACCAUUUUCUAGGGAUACAAGAACGGUGGUUCGUAUCCCAAAUCGUGUUGUUCAUUCUUGAUUUCUUUAGAUUUUAUCAUGGCUUAGCAAAAAACCAGAAAGCACAAUGAUGAGAAGAUGAAACUUUUAUAAAGCAAAUUAAUUGGCCAACAGGCCGAGUAAAAGCUAGCAACGAUUGUGAGAUGCUCAUUUCCGGAAAACCGGUGGGAUAGGCGAUUUUUUAUUCGAUUUUCUGGAAUUCGGUUUCUAUAAAACUUACUUCACCUCAUCAUAUUACCAGAAACAAUAUUGUUUCACAAGGUAACAGAUACUUGAUUUUGGUUCAUAAGACUGAUUUUUGAUUCGUUGCAUCAUUCAUGUCUCUUUUCUACUAAAAUUCACUAUUUUUAUCAUGUGUUUCCCAAUAAAAACUAUACAACAAUAAGCUAUACACCCCAUUACAUUAUCAAAUUCCAUACCUCACCUUCUUCCGGCCAAAUGGCCGGGACCACGCUAGUUAUACCUUUAAAUAGAUGAACUGAAUUGGAUUACAAAUUACCACUCAUAAUGCAAAACUAGCAAUGCCAACAUGAACUGGUUUGACAAGUGAUAACCUUGUUACAAAUUCCAAAUAAGAAAUCUGUGGGCUGGUGUGUUUGUAAAUUCUGUUGAAAACAUUUUUUUAAGCUAUUGAUUCAUUUUAGAAAACAAUAUUAUUCUGGGUAAAUUGCAAGCUUGGUCACUAAGAUUACUAAAAAUGUUUAUGUUUAGUUAUUGAAAAUAUUUAAUUCCAUUUAUGGUCACUAGAUUUAGUCAAAUAUGUCAUAUUUGGUCACUCUCCGUCCAAUUCCGUUAAUUUUGUCUGAUGUGACAGUCAACUUUUAUAGUUGACCGUUAAAUAUAUGAUGUGGCAAUUAAAAAUUAAAAUAAAAAAUAAAAAAUUUG